AUGCUUCCUUCUAAACUUUGUUCCCCACCAACACUUUUUCUUUCAUUCUUUCUUCAUGCUUUCAUUCAACUUCAUUUUUUUAUACUUUAUUUCACUGCUUUUGUCCCUCGUUUUCUUUUAAUUUUUUUUCUUUACUCUUUCAACUGCUUUAUUUCAUUCUCAUUCUUUGCAAUUUUUUGUUUUUCCUUCUUUUUCCUAAUAUCUCUUGUCCUUUUUCUUUUUAAUUCUUCUUCUCUAUUUUUUAUCAUUUUACUAUAUGCUUCCCAAUUUUCUUUUUCAUUUCUUUUACUUCACUCUUUCAGCUGUUUUAUUUCAUUCUCAUAUUUCACAACUUUUGUUUUUCUUUCUUUUCUUUUUCCUCAUUUAUCUCUUACUGUUUUCUUUGCGUUUCCUUUUUUUUAUAGUUUUAUCUCUUCUUUUUCCCCUCCUAAAUAUGGUUAUCCAUUUUGUUUACUUUUAUCUCUUUAUCAUUUCUUUCUAAACUCUUUCUCUUCAUUUUCCUCUUCAUGUUUUCAUUCCUUCACUUCUUGUAACAUUCAUUUUCUUUUAAUUUUAUUCAAUCUUUCUUUGACUUCAUUAUUUCAUUCUAAUUCUUCACAAUUUUUGUUUUUCCUUCUUUUCUUUUUCCUAGUAACUCUUUUACCCUUUUAUUUUUAA